UUGUUCAAAAGCCAAGAUGAACAGGCCUACAUGUCCCUGAUGAGAGGCCUGAAGGAGCUGGACCUACAGGGAUCCUAUGUUCCCAGUGACCUGGUGCUGAUCGGAGACCAUGCCUUUCCUUUAGCAAUGAACAACCGAGGUCAGGUGCUGAUGGCUGCCUCUCUGUACGGCAGUGGAAGGAUUGUGAUCCUGGGUCAUGAGGGCUACUUGAAAGCCUUUCCUGCUCUGGUAGAAAAUGCUGUGACCUGGCUGAGAGGUGAUGGAUUUGAUAACCUCUCUGUAGGGGUGCACAGAAGUGUAUGUGCAGUUGCUAAUAACCUUCAAAAAUCCAGCUUCCAAGUAGAAGUUGUGGGAGCCUUCAGUGACAAACUGGGAAUUGGUGUUUAUGUGACCGAUGCCUACAGCGUGGGCUCAGACCCAGUGGAGCUGGUGGCGUUUCUGAAAGCUGGAGGAGGGGUGCUGAUAGCUGGGCAGGCGUGGGGCUGGGCUGCAGAUCACCCCAAAGAGAACACACUGCAUCAGUUUGAUGGGAAUAAAGUGUCGGGAGUGGCAGGAAUCUACUUCACUAAGAACUGUGGUGAGGCGGAGAACUUGCCUGUCUACCCUCAGAUCCCGUCCUCCUGGAUGUCUGUGGUCAAAGGUAAGGAUUUUGAGGACGACUUGCAGUUCUUACUCCAGGGAAUUUCAGAGUUCGAGCUCCCGCUGGGGUCAACUGCUUCUGAGGUUCUAGUCCAUGGACCGCUAGCCUUUCCCAUCGAUACUACACAUGAUGGACGUGCAUUCCUCGCAGGAGCCUAUUAUGGACAGGGACGAGUCAUUUUGAUUUCACAUGAAGGAUUUCUGGGACUUGAGAUCCUGAACCAAAUGGGAUUGAGCCUGUUGGGUGCAACAAUCGGAGGAGGAACAUACAAAGCUCUCGUACCCAGCCAGACUAUUAAAGACAGCUACCACUUCCGCCACCUUCUAAACCGCUUUGCUGCCCAUGUGACUGCAGGUGAAAAACUUAGCCAGCAUGAGGAGAGAUAUCUGAAAAAGCUGGGCAACGACUGCAACGUCUACUUGCAGAUGAAAGCCCAUGACUCCUCCCACUACAGACAAGUUUUGGCCACAGUCACGGAUAUAUUAAUAACAUCAGGCCUGCCAGAAGUGAGUGACAGCUGCCCUGUAAAGAGUCCCAAAGACCACCUCCUCCUCGCUGUGGGUACCCAGGUAUAUAAGGUUUCCCCAGACCCUGACGCUCUCCCGCCCUACCUCAUUAAGGGCAACCCAAUGAUGCCUGUUGUCUAUAACCACCGGAUCAAGGUUGAUGUCAAUACAGCAGAUGGGGAAGAGUGGAUCAGCGCAGGUCUCUACCUCUCUCCUGGUAUGAAGACCUACAUGGCCAUACCACCUCAGAUUGUCAACAAGGAUUGGAUGAUUCAGAUAGGAUGUCAAACUGACUCACUGCAUCACAAUGAGGAGCUGAAGAGACCACCGUCUGUCCAUGAGCGAUUUCCUGUCACUGCACAGAUGAUACAGGUUUGGAACCUGUGGGGAGGACUCAUCUACCUGGUGGCCCCACCCAAAACACAAGUGAAGGGGUUGGAGGUCAUAGUGCAGAUGGCUGUACCUGCUCCAUAUUACAAGUCUGAUCUGGCUGCCAAACCACACAAAUUUCCCCGCAAGGAGCGCUUUGUGACAGAUGUGCAGAUUUCUCACGAGACUCCCAAGAACAUAAGGCCUGACCAAAAAAAACGCUGGGUGACUGACUGGUUACAUGUGGACCAGUCUUUGGACCAGCUGGCACUCCUAACACUCAGGAGUCUCCAGGAAAAGUUUGGCUGGGAUGCCUUUAAGAAGGUGUUUACUCCGUAUCACCACAUAAAGGACUUCCCCAGUGACAACAAAGGAAAGAUGAACCUGUAUGCUGAGACUUUCUCCCAGACUGUGGGGAUAGACCUGACUGGCUUCUUUAAGGCCUGGGGCUGGCCAAUAGAAACAGCCACUAAAGGGAAGCUCUCCCAGCUGCCUUCCUGGAACGAUCACCCCAUGACCCACUCCUUUGGCUGGGAUGCUGAAAAAAAAGCGUUCACUGCUUGCCACCACAUAAACAACUUCCCCAGUGACAACACAGAAAAGAUGAACCUGUUUGCUGAGACUUUCUGGCUGGGCCGUAAAAAAACGGCUACUAUCCGGUUGUUAAGUGAUGACUCAUUCAAAAUCAAACAUGAAGAAGCCUACACCUCCCUGAUGAGAGGCCUGAAGGAGCUGGACCUACAGGGACCCUGUGUUCCCAGUGACCUGGUGCUGAUUGGAGACCAUGCCUUUCCUUUAGCAAUGAACAGCCGAGGUCAGAACCUGCCCGUCUACCCUCAGAUCCCGUCCUCCUGGAUGUCGUUAGCGACAGGCAGGGAUUUUAAGGAUGACUUGGAGUUCUUACUCCAGGGGGUUUCAGAAUUCAACCUCCCCUCUGAGUAUCUGUGUUCUGAGGUUCUAGUCCACAGCCCACUAGCCUUUCCCAUCGGCACUACAGAAGAUGGACGACCAUUCCUGGCAGGAGCCUACUAUGGGCGAGGACGGGUCAUUGUGGUUACACAUGAAGGAUGUCUGAAAUUUGAGAGCAUGGCUCCAUUUUGGAGAAACGCCAUUCACUGGUUGGAUGAAGGGCGCAGAGGGGUUGUAGGUGUCAUGAAUAUAGAUGCUGCACUCAAAGUUCUGAGUGAGUCUGGGCUGAAGUGUGAGAAGACAAACUUCAGGAAAGACCUCAGUGUGUUUGUGUGUAAAGCGUAUAUCACUGAGCAUUUGGAGGAAAUCCAAAACUUUGUGGCAGAGGGAGGAGGCCUGCUGAUUGGAGGACAUGCCUGGUACUGGGCAAAUACACAUGCUGGGCAAAAUGUACUAACAGAUUUCUCAGGAAACAAGAUCCUCAACCUAAUGGGAUUGAGCCUGUUGAAAGCAACAAUCAGCGCGGGAUCAUACAAAGCCCCUAUUCCCAGCGAGGCUAUUGAAGAUACUUACCAUUUCCGCCACCUUCUCUACCGCUUUGCUGCCCAUGUGAUUACAGGUGGAAAACUAAACAAGAAUGAGGAGGGAUGUUUGAAAAAGCUGGGCAGCGACUGCAAUGUCUACUUACACAUGAAAGCCCAUGACUGCUUCCACUACAGACAAGUCUUGGCUGCACUCACUGAUGUGUUAAAGAGGUCAGGCCUGCCGCAGGUGAGCGACAGCUGUCCUGUAACGACUCCAAAAGACCACCUACUCCUCAGUGUGGGAUCAGCUGUAUAUAAGGUUUGCCCAAAUCCCGAUGCCCUCCGGCCCUACAUCAUCAAGGAUAAUCCAGCAAUGCCUGUUGUCUGUAACCAUAAGAUCAAGAUCGAUGUUAACACAGCAGGUAAGGAAGAGUGGAUCAGUACAGGUCUCUACCUGUGUCCUGGAAUGAAGACCAUCGUGGUCUUACCAGCUGAGAUUAUCAACAAAAACUGGAAGAUUCAGAUAGGCUGUCAAACUGAUGAGCUACAUGACAAGGAUGAGCUGAAGAGACCACCAUGUGUUCAUGAGCAGUUUACUGUUAGUGUAACAACUGCAGCUGAGUGGUUAACGCUGCGCACAGCUCCUUCACCGUGGGCAGAGUUGGAGUUUGAAAACAUCGUCCUCACCAUACCAUCAGAUGCUAUUCGGGAUCUGGAGCGCCCCGACAAGGUGGCUGCUCUCUGGGAUGAAAUGAUGAGCGCCAUUGCAGAUCUGGCUGCCAAACCACACAAAUUUCCCCGCAAGGAGCGCUUUGUGACAGAUGUGCAGAUUUCUGCAGGCUGGAUGCAUUCAGGUUAUCCCAUCAUGGCACACCAUGCCUCAGCUGCUGAAGUAGUUGGUGUUAAAAAAGGUAAAGAACUGUGGGGCCCCAUCCAUGAGUUGGGACACAACCAACAGAGAAGCUGCUGGGAGUUCCCACCACACACCACAGAGUGUACAUGCAACCUGUGGUCAGUGUAUGUGCACGAAGAGGUGCUGGGCAUCAACAGAGCACAGGCCCAUGGUCAUUUGACUUCAGCAAACCGAAAGAGUCGAGUAGAGGAGUACAUCAAGGGAGGAAGGAAACUCAGUGACUGGAGUGUGUGGGUUGCCCUGGAAACAUAUCUGCAGCUCCAGGAAAGGUUUGGCUGGGAUGCCUUUAAGAAGGUGUUUGCUGCGUACCACCACAUGAGAGACUUUCCUGAUGACAACGGCACAAAGAUGAACCUGUAUGCUGAGACUUUCUCGCAGACUGUGGGGAUGAACCUGACUGGCUUCUUUAAGGCCUGGGGCUGGCCCAUCGAAACAGCCACUGAGAGGAAACUGUCCCAGCUGCCUUAUUGGAAUGAUCACCCCAUGACCCAGUACAAAUGAACUAAACACGACUGCGGAAUAAAGAAAUGUAACGAGUGAAACUUUAGUUCAUUAAACGCUUUGUAUUAAUCUUUUUAUAACAUUUAUUGCAUGCAGAGGAACGUUGUAGCUUUUUUCAGAGUAUUUGCACUGAUCAUUUGCUCCAAAUUAGUAUCCCUCCAAUUUAACUAGAUUUCUUUGAGUAAACUUGGACAUUAACAUGUCCUCUGUGCUUAUUUUUACAUCUGGGAUUGUAAGCUCCACAUCAAAAGGAGCCAGCUGAGGUGGUUUGGGCAUCUGACAAGGAUGCCCCCUGGGCGCCUCCUGGGU